AUGAGCGGCCGCGCAGUGACUCUUCCCGUACGGACGCUGGUGUCUGGCAGACAGUUGGGCUCCCAAUGGAUUUGCCGGAGAUGUCUGGCCACCCAGACUGAAAGCAGCGAUUCUCGACCACUCGUCACUCCUCCAACUCCACUGCCAGAAUGGUACGACCCAAGUCUCCCGGCAUCAAAACGAGUGGAUCCAGAAGGAAACCCAUACCGCUUGACCAAAACGGACUUCCUCCUCAAAAAGCCUUUGAACCAGCCAAGAAUUCCGCAGCAAUACCUCACCCAUAGCACGGCAGAACAUUUGCAUCAGGAAGAGAAGAGGCAGCGUGACAAUACAAAGGCGCACAAACGGAUUGUGGGAGUUGUUGUGCGGUCGGAGAGGAUGGAUAAGACUGUUACGGUGAGGAUCGCUGUGCAGCAGUGGAACAAGCGGAUCAAGAAGUACUUUCAAACAUACAAGAACCACCUCGUUCACGACCCGAACUCAUCACUCGUCACUGGCGACGUCGUGGAAUUGCACCGCCUGCACGUGAGCAAGCAAGUCGAUCACGUAGUCGCGCGCAUCGUCUCUCCCUUCGGCACCCCUGUUGAGCAAAGGCCUCCAAUCCCAUCACCUGACGAGCGACUCGCAUCUUACAAAGAGAAACGCUUCGCAAAACUCAAACGGCGCGAACUGAGAGUCAAGGCUGCAGAGGGCGAUGCUGAGGCCAUACAAGAACUGAAAAAUAUGGGACUAGACCCUGGCGAUGGCACGCAGGCUGGCGUUGGAAAGUCAGGCAACGUGCAGAAGCAAGUCGGGAAGAGCAGAAAUCCUGGCAAGGGUGCAAUCCUUGGGGAGAAGGGGCAGAAGCUGCCAGAAGGUGUGCUUCCUGGAGGCAAGCAUGAGGUUGGAAAGAUCGAUGAGAGGGCGAAACAUAAUAAGGGGAAGGCUAUGAAGUUUGAUACGCAAGCUGAGGAUCGGUUGCUUGAGGCGAAGGAGAAGGGCGAGGAGCUUGAGAGGCAGAACCUUGGAUCGGAUUCUGCUUUGAGAUAG